AUGGCGAGUGGUAGUAGUUACCAUACAGUCGCCGCGAGCGGGACAUCCACCGUUGUCCCACGCUCACAAGGCUCGUCCUGGGCUUCGAUUGUGUCCGGCCAGCCUUCUCGCCCUCGCAUUUCAUCGUCCACGUCCACAGGGCUUCGUACCCAACGAAACGGAAGUUAUGCGAAUCUAUCUGAGAUCGGUUCGCAAACCGGGCGAUACUACAAUACCGCUUUAUCCAAUGCUUUCAACACACAAUCCAAGCUGUCACGACUCCCGGUCUCGUUGCCAAGCUACCUAGAAGACUCGCUAUACGCCGAAAGGUUGGACGCUGUCCGAGAUUCAUCCUGGGGUUCUACCGUGCCGAGUAGAACACCGUCAUAUACGUCGGUUGGAUUACAUGCCGCGCAGUCUAGAGGGACUGGAUUGAAGUUAGAUGUUAAGGACACAGUCUCGUCGCCCGAUGAUGAUCUGCCGACACCAUUACCGACAAAAUGGAACGAAAAUGAUAGGAGUGGGGGGAUAGAAGUUUCACAUGAUGGUCUAGAUGUUCAGUUCCCAGGACCGAGUAAGGUGAACGAAUACGACUCAGCCUCCGUACGAGCGGACUACUUUAUCCCUAGGUCAUGUGGAGUCUAUUAUUACGAAGUGGCCAUUAUGAAUAAGAGCCGGGAAGGUCUUAUUAGUAUAGGAUUUUGCGGCGGUGACGUCCAACUCAACAGACUGCCAGGUUGGGAGCCGAAUUCAUGGGGUUAUCAUGGCGAUGAUGGAAAGUCGUUCUGCUGCUCGGGGAUGGGAAAGGCCUAUGGACCACAGUUUAACACAAAAGAUGUUAUUGGUUGUGGAAUCAACUUUAGAACACAUACUGCGUUCUUCACACGAAACGGACAGAUGCUAGGCACGGCUUUUAGAGAUAUUCCAAACGACAAGAAACUUUUCCCGGCAGUGGGUAUGAAGAAACCAGGGGAACAUAUAAGAGUAAACUUUGGACAGGAAGAGUUCAGCUUUGAUAUUGACGGAUAUAUGAAGGCGGAGCGAAAAUCAGCACUUCAGGAGAUCAGCGACAGCCAGGUGGAGAGCCUAUGUCCUCCGCUAGAUGAGGCGGCCUUAAUACAAUCACUCAUUUCCUCAUACCUACAGCAUGACGGGUUUGUAGAGACGGCAAAAGCAUUCGCGCAGGAUCUACAAGCCGAACAAAACGCGCUAAGUAAUAAUGGAAAGUCGAAGCCAAUAGAGUUAAUGGAGGAUGAGAAUGCAAUUCACAGACAAAGUCAGAUCUCCUUCUGCCUGAUUAUGCGGGACUAUUCAGUUGACCAUAUUGUAGAUAUACGGACAGCAAUCCUCGACGGCGACAUCGACAAAGCUCUAGAGCUCACACAUAAGCAUUAUCCAGAUGUCCUCACGACGAAUGAACAUAUCAACUUCAGAAUCCGCUGCCGCAAAUUCAUUGAAAUGAUGCGACAGUCCGCCGAAACCACAAAUGGGCGAAAGAAGGUCCCUAUAUCAGCAUCGAAGCGUCGUGCUUUUGAAACUUACGAAGACGAGGAUGUCGAUAUGGACGGUGGAGAUGCUCGUAGUGAUAUGGACCUCGAUGAACCAACACCUAUCACGGGUCCAGCAGCACCUGAUUUGGAUAUGCUUGGUAGGGUUUUGGACUAUGGGAGACAGCUGCAAGAGGAUUUCAAGGAAAGGCCAGAACUACAAGAAGAGAUGGAACAGGUCUUCAGCUUAUUCGCUUAUUCGGACCCGAUGACUUCGCCCAUGGCACAUCUCUUAUCUGAAGAUGGACGUGGACCGGUCGCGGAGGCCCUGAACUCUGCGAUUCUUGUAUCACUUGGUAAAUCCUCGAAGGCACCGUUAGAAAGGCUAGUUCAACAAACAACAGUACUCCUUCGCGAGCUCGGAGAAGAGGGUGGGCCGGCGUCAUUUGUUAACAUACACCAUUGGAUCCAUAAUUUGGAGUUUCUCCCUCACUCGUGA